AUGGUGCAUGUUAAGUCCACACCGCGGCAAACUGCGGCAAUGCCAUACAUUAGUUCUGGCUCUAUGUGUAAAGUCGCGCAUCAACGCGUGUCCAUUGAUGUCGAUCUAUCGAAACAUUUAGUCAGCGGAUUUACAGAGAUCAUUAUCAUUCCCUUGAUACAGCAGCUGGAAUACGUUUCUUUCGACUGUAAAAAUAUGCGAGUGAAAGAUGUCAUCGUUGAGAAUAGGAGAAUUGACCAUUAUGUGCAUGACGAUCCGUACAAGCAGUUUUCGGACAGAUAUGUGAGCGCGGCAUCGGACCCGCUGCGCACGCACAACGGUGUGCGCCAGUCCCAUUUUCUACGCUCGAAGCUUGCGGAGUUCUCGGAAGCACCGGAAGACAGUGCCAAGUCGCAACUGCUGAUCAAGAUUCCCUCGUCGGUUAAAAUAACUUUGCAGGACACUGCGUCGCUGUCGAGUUACACACCGAUAACACCAUCAAUAAGGACGCCCGCCCAGGAGUCGAUAUUCAGUCCAAUCACUAUCCGAAUUGACUAUGAGCUUAGCCAUCCCCACUCAGGUUUACACUUUGACACCGCCUCUAGUGAACCGCAAUACUGGAACUGCUAUACGACAAACACAGAAUACAACUCUUCAGUUUCACACUGGGUGCCAUGCGUUGAUUUGCUUGAUGAGAAGUGCACUUGGGAGCUAGAAAUCAGCGUCCCAAAGACGGUAAGAGAAAUCGGCACGACCAAAAUCAUUGGUGCGCAGCCUCAAAGGAAACGGAAACUACGCAGCCGCGAAUAUAUAGAUGACGAGGAUGAAGAUGAUGAAGAACUAGAACCGGAGGAAGAAACCGAAGACUCGCCACUGGAUCGUGAUAUGGUUGUCGUUUGUUCAGAGUUUGCGACAGCCAAAGAAUCGGCACAUCCCACUGAUAUGGCCAAAAAAGUCGUUAGUUUCCAAAUAUUUAAUCCAGUUGCACCGCAUCAUGUUGGAUGGGCAGUUGGGUCAUUUGCUGUUUGGAGUCUUCCCUCGUUACAAUCAUUUGACGAACAGGACGAUGAACAGGAGGACCAAGGGAAUAAUAUACAAGUUCAGGAUGACGAUGAUAUUGUACCCAUACAGAUUUACACAUUACCAAUGCCGGAUAUCAACGAGGCAACCGUUCUAAAUACAACACUAGUUUGCCAGAGUAUGAUGGACUUUUAUUCAAAGGAGUUUGGUUCCUAUCCAUUUUCAUCUUAUGCAAUACUUUUCCUGCCAACGCUUCCGGAUAACACCAUGGACUUUGCUAGCUUGAGUUUAUGCAGCACAAGGCUUCUUUAUCCUCCGGAACUCAUAGACCCAAUGUUCACCACUACAAAUACUCUUGCGUGGGCGCUCGCUUCUCAGUGGUCUGGCGUGAAUAUUACACCAUUAGAACUUAACGAUAUGUGGUGUUGCAUUGGCAUGGCCGGUUAUAUGGCCUUGCAGUUUACAAGGAAGCUGAUGGGGAUCAACGAAUUCAAAUAUCGGCUCAAAAUGGCUUCAGAGGCCAUUGUCGCGCAGGAUUGGGAAAAACCGCCGAUGGCCCGAACAUUUAACAAUGCAUCAAUGCCUGUGUCUAGCAUUUCUCGAGAUAUCGACUUCAUCAAACUAAAAGCCCCCAUGGUGCUUUAUAUACUUGAUCGUCGUAUGACGAAGACGGAGAGGUCCUUUGGUAUGUCAAGGGUAUUACCAAAAAUAUAUUUGCAGGCUAUGUCAGGCGAUCUUUCCAAUAAUUCCUUAUCGACAGCGCAUUUCCAAUACGUUUGUGAACGAGUUAACCGAAGUAAGCUGGAGCAGUUCUUUGCUCAAUGGGUCUUCGGUUCGGGAGUCCCCGUGUUCCGUAUAACACAAAGAUUCAAUAAAAAGCGUAUGGUUGUCGAAAUGGGUAUACGACAGGUGCAGUUACAAGAGCUUGGCCAAGGACACAUAAUUGGUAAACGAGGGUUUCAUGCAAGUGCCAUGGACUAUUUGUGUCACCCGGAUAAACAGUUGACUCAAAUAUUUACCGGAUCAAUGACCAUAAGAAUCCAUGAAGCGGAUGGCACACCAUAUGAACAUAUUGUUGAGUUAAAGGAUGUAUUCACCAAAUUGGAUAUUCAGUACAACACCAAAUACAAACGUCUGAAAAGAAGACGCAAGAUCAACAAGCCAAUCAAGCCAGAUGGAAAAGAGGCGAGCAUCGUCGAACCUCUUCCCAAGGAUGAAGAUAUGAAAAUUUUGGAUGAAGAUAAUGACGAUAUCGUGCUGGUGAAUUGCCUGGGAGAUACAUUGCUUUCGAGGGAGGAUUGUCAGCAUUGGAAUCUUACAGACCCAGCUAUCAUCGGAGAAGACGACGAGUCCCAGCAGCAGAACGAAGCGUUCGAAUGGAUUAGAGUUGAUGCUGAUUUUGAAUGGAUUUGCAAAGUUUAUAUUAAUCAGCCAGACUACAUGUUUGCGUCGCAGCUGCAGCAGGACAGGGAUGUUGAAGCGCAAAUUGAGAGUAUAAGGUUUUUUGAAGAUGUUGUUGCUAGCAGUGCCGUUAAUUCCCAAGUUUACUCUUCCAUUUUGACACGAACGGUAAUGGAUGAUAGAUAUUUUUACGGUGUUAGGCUGGAAGCUUGCAACGCCCUUUCAAAGUUUAUAUUAAAAGAAGUUGAACCCAAUCAGUUCAGUGGUGGUGCGAGACAUUUAAUAGCUAUCUUUCGGUAUUAUUUUUGCUAUGAAAACUCGAAUAUUCAGAAGAACAAUGACUUCACGGAUUUUUCUCGUUAUUUUAUCCAGUGCGCUAUUCCGCGCUUUCUUGCAAAUACGCGUGAUACACAAGGUAAAUGCCCCACCUUUGUAAAGCGCUUCCUGUUGGAAUUGCUCAGAUACAACGACAAUAGCGGUAACCCAUACAGCGAUGUGAGAUACGUUGUGGCAAUUAUUGACAGUGUGGUUGCGUGUACUCUAGGUGACCCUGAAGAUAAAGAAUACAUUAAUGACUUAUUAAAUGAACUAAAGCGAUUUGAAAACCUAGACCGAUGGCUCCCCUCAUAUCAGCUACUAGUCAGUAAAGCCAUCUUGAAGCAAUAUCUCUUGCUCGCUGUCGAUGGCGUGUACAAAUACGACGACUUGGAAAACAUUUUAGAGUACACGGUCGUGGAUCACAUCAGUCCUGAGUUGGAGGGUGUGGUUCACAUACGGGAGGGUCUCCAGGAUCUGUGCUUAACAGCUUUCACAGUCCUCCUCCUAGCUGGCGGGAUCAAGAAUAAAGAAAUUCUCAAGUACUUUUUUGAGAACAUGUGCUUCCACGGGGACCCAUACAUACGCACGAAGCUGUGCGACGUUCUGAUAGACUGUCUGAACUUCAUUGCACUCAAGGGCAGUCUGGAUGACCUUGACGAAGACGUUGAGUCCCUGGUAAAUUCCGUCAAUUCUAGUUCCAUUAACGACCGGGGCGAACCCUCCAUAUUUGUGGAAGACUAUAACAGUGACCUGCGCGUGCGACGUGAGCAGCAUAUGCGCUCUAGCAUCCGUGGCCUGAUAUCCCUCGUCCGCACGAAGUUCGAGAAGUAUGAGCCUCUCCAAAAGAUACUCUGGGACGUCCUUCACUCGCCGCUGCUGAGCGUUUACCAGCGCAAACGCCUCUUCGAUCUUCUCCGCGUUAUGUACCGCCUGGAAGACUCUUUCUUCGUCACGCUCCCCUCGCCCCGCGACAAAGUCCUUAUUGCAAAAGACAUGGGUAAGGGCAUCAUCAUUCUCAAGCGCGAGGGCAUCCUCAAGGUUCAUCUGCCGCCGAAGCCCCCUACUGUUCAUGAAGCCCACUCCCGCGGCGCCGCAGUUCCCCGUGCAGACCCCGCAGCCGAUUCCCCCAAGAUCAAGCUCAGCCUUUCGAAGAAAACCCGACUUGCCAGCACCGCCGCCGCUGUCCAGCCCGCUGCAGCAAAGCGGGCGAAGGCGCCGGCCGUGACCAAGUCCCCCCAGCGCUCUCGCGCUCCGAAAUCUACUGUUACUAAGCUUGGCGCACUGCCAUUAAGGUAUGUUAAGAUAGUUCCCGAAAAGAGAAAGGUCGACAUCUCUGCCGUUCCCUUCAACAAGAGUGUCUCUAUCCUAAAGGCAACCGCGACGUCAUGCUUAAUGAGGAUCAAGGUUCCAAAGGACAGUAUCCAACCGAAACAGACAUAG